UGUGGCCGGGUGUUCUUGGAGGAGACGGCGGCGGGCGCGGGUCGGUUAAACCGGCGCGGCAGCGGAGAGAGCUGCGUGUUCCCGUUUUUCCGUGCCGCGCCCGCUCCCGCUCCCUUCCACACAGGGCUGGUCCCGCGGCAGCGUUCCAGGGGCAAUCAUGAGUGAUCGAAAGGCAGUGAUCAAGAAUGCAGACAUGUCAGAGGAGAUGCAGCAGGAUGCUGUAGAGUGUGCUACUCAGGCCUUAGAGAAAUACAACAUCGAGAAGGACAUUGCUGCUCACAUAAAGAAGGAGUUUGACAAGAAAUACAAUCCUACUUGGCACUGCAUUGUGGGAAGGAACUUUGGCAGCUAUGUAACUCAUGAGACCAAGCACUUCAUCUACUUCUACCUCGGUCAAGUCGCCAUUCUACUCUUCAAGUCUGGUUAGACCCAGGGGCUGUUACUGAGCCUGACACCCAGUUAUAGGACUAUGCUGACUCCUGACCAGUUACCACAGCCUUCCUGACGACGCAGACCUUGAUCUUCAAGGGCAAUGGCAGGGAUUAUGCUAUAGCAGAGGAUGUUACAUUGUGGAUAUAAAGAGGAAAAAUGCCAAAAAAAGUCUUCCUUGUAUUUAUUUUUUUUUCAGACAGCUGCUUCUUUGCGAGUACAGCUCUUUGAAGCAGUUUUGCCUUUGAAAGUUUUACAGUGAUCUACAGUAUUGCUAAUUAGUACUAGUGCUGUGUGAGUACUGACACUGUUUAGUUCCAAACAUUUGCUGCUCUUCACAUUUGUGUUUUGACACUUCCUCUCUCGUUUUGCUGGAUGCACUGCCCCAAAGCAUGAGCACUGUUUCUGCCAAUGCCCCUUGGGGAGCCACUUUGGAAAAUAAAGGACAAGCCCUA